AUGGUUAAACGGAUAAGAAAGCAGUUAACAGGUGUUCAGAAAAAGAAACUAUGCGAGAGAAAAAAGGAAAUGCUGUUUCUCUCAAACUCUGAUUUAGCUAAAGAGUUUGGUAUUGGUAAGUCAACUGUUCAGGACAUUUUAGCAACGUCAAAUAAGUGGAUAAAUAUAAACGAAGCAAGUAUGGAGGGAACGCGAAGGAAAGAACGUCCUAUUAAAUGGCAACAGCUAGAAGAUGCGUUAUGGUUGUGGGCAAGCUCUGUUUUGGAUAGAGGGUUAGACUUAACUGGUGACAUUAUUAAACAAAAGGCUUUUUUUUACGCUGAGCGUAUGGGUUUUGUGGAUUUUAAGGAUAGUGAUGGAUGGCUUACUGGUUUCAAAAGGCGUUGUAAGCUAGUGCAGGGCAUUAAGCAUGGGGAAGCAGCAAGUGCACCCAAUCAAGAAUUAGUGGAUGAAGAAAGACAGUCAAUUCAAGAAGAACUGACUCGAUGGAAGUUAAAUGAUAUAUUCAAUGCCGAUGAGACAGGCCUUUUUUGGGCCAUGGAACCAUCGCGUACAUUAUCAGAUCGCAAACUGAGUGGGCAUAAAGCAAAUAAAUCGAGAGUUACAGUUUUCUUGAUUACAAAUGCAAAUGGUUCAGAAAAACUCCGCCCACUUGUCAUUCAUAAAUAUCAGACACCUAGACCUCUUCAUAAUAUUAAUAAAAGUAAUCUACCAGUUGACUAUUACUGGAAUGGUAAAGCAUAUAUGCAGGUCUCUAUAUUUAAUGAUUGGUUAAGAAAGUUUGAUGCAGAAAUGAGAAAAGCUAAUCGCCAGAUAUUGCUGUUACUCGAUAAUACUCCAGUGCAUAAACUCAAUCAUGAUAAUGAACUCACUAACAUCACUAUUCGCUUCUUUGCUCCAAAUAUGACAUCAGUAAUCCAGCCAUGUGAUACUGGAAUAAUUGCAAGUAACAUUCUCGAGUACGAUAUUAAGCAUGCCAUAUAUAAUAUUGCAGAGGCCUGGACAAAUGUUACAACAAAUACUAUCAUAAACUGCUGGCGUAAAACUGGAAUCUUGCCACUGUCGAUUACUAAUAUUGAGGAAGCAACCCAAGCAAUUCAAGCAGAAUGUCAGAAAGAAUGCUUGACUAUUCAACAGUUAAUUAAUGGUUUAAAUCUGGCUGAUUCGCUUUCUGCAAAUGACAAGUAA